CAGGUUCGUUUUCACGGUUUCUAGUUCGAUUAGCUGGUUCACGCAAGUUCACACAACUGUUCACUGCGAACCAAACGCAUUCGCCAUAAAUUAAUUCGGUAUAAAAUAAGUCAAAUAAAAUAGAAAUUAAUAGAAUUGUGCAUUUAGCUUAGUACGCACGUUAAGUUCUUAACAAUAUACAGGCCUGGUAAAGUUCCAUGCAGGUGCGCCAAGUGAAUAAAAGGUGAAAUUUUAUGCGCAUUUCGACACCUUUGUCAAACGCUUAUUUGCGCAAAAUAAAAGUUCGAGUGUUGUUGUUUUUGGUGGGACACAGCACAAAUACAUAGAACUUGGCUCGCUUGUCGCGGAGGCAGUGGAAAACGCAAACAACAACAGCAACAAUAAGAACAACAACAAUAACAGCAGCAGCAGCAAUAACAGCAACAAAAAAAUUUGCGACAGCGAUCACAAGAAAUGGCUAAUACUAAUAUGAUUAGCAGCAAUCAUAACAGUAACAGCAACAGCACCGCCGCCUACACUUACAACAAUUACAACAGUGCCAGUGCAGAUAGCGGAAACAGCAGCGGCAGCAACGGUGGCGGUAUCAGUGGCAGUGGCAGCAUUGGACUCGGUGUCGGUGGUGUUGGCAGUGAGGUGCAAACGUUGCGCGAAGUCUGUAAUAUGCUCAAUUCAAGCGCCACACCAAGUUAUAUGAUACCAACAGGUGGUUGUGCCUACGAUCACAUUAUUGCCAUGAUGCGCGGCCUUAACCUGCAGGACGAUGGCAUUGUGUUGAACAACAAAAUCAAAGCCAUUGAGACCGAUUUCUGCAACAUUGUGCGCGACGAAUCGAUGUUAUGCGAAUCCAUGGACUACAUGAACAACAAAGCUUUGACGGAUGCGGAAACGGCAUUGAAAUUCGCAUUGCUUUUCUCGUCGCGCAACUUUGAUGCGUUGGCCAUGAAGGAGACGAAAGUGCGCAGCGCGAUGCUGAAGAUCCUGGAGACGAACUUUAUGAAUGCGGCUGCGUAUCGGUUGCACGACAAGAAUCGUUUGUAUAACUCGAUAACGCUGCUAGGCGAGUACUAUCAUCGUGUCCGGCUGGCGGAUAAUGCACCAAUUACCAUUCUGGGAGAUUCGCUGCUCAAUCUACUGUUGCACGAAAUUAAAGAUAUUUCGGUGGUGAUGAGUACGCGUUUGGCGCGCCUCGUCCUCUCACAGAUAACGCUCAAUGGGGAAAUAAUGCGAACGCGCCACAAGACGGACAUCGAUCAGCUGCUCUACCAUGUCCGGCGGCAUCUGAUCAUGCAGCCGGCGCUGACUGCUAAGGUGAAGGCGAUGCUGCUAAUGGUGCUCGAUCUGUUCUACAGCCAUUUCAAGCAUGUGGGUGAGGAACUGGAGGCCAUGUACACCAACUAUUUGAUCGUGGAUGACGACGAGGACGAUGGCGUCAACAACAACAACAACAAUAAUAGCAACAGUGGUGCAGAUACACAGACACAAACGGAUGCUUACAGCGACAGCGAAGAGCAGGGUAGCAGUGCCAAUAACUCGGCGCAGGAGGUACCCAAGAAAUGGAGCGAGCAGGUCUGCGAGGAUUCGCUCUGUGAUAUUGUUUACGGCGAGACAGGAAGCAACAUUGGUGAUGAACAGCAGCAGCAGCAUCAUCAGUAUAGUGAAAAUGCCGGCAAUGCCUAUCAGGGCCACGACACCUUCACGCCUGGACGACAGGCUCGACGUGGUUAUCAGCCACGCCAUGUGCCGCGUCCCCUAAAGCAGGCUCACACACAGACUUCACCCGCUGCUGACAAUAUCAGCUCUGAUCAUUAUCCAUCCAUGGGCAGCAGUGAGGAUCGCGACGAGACAAAGCCGCUGCCCAGUUGGCGGAAGACGCGCUUCAAUCGCGCCAACGAUGGGGAUCAUUCGAACGGUCGCUCUCGUCAGGAUCAGCAACGGCGCUACAGCAUUAGCUGCGACGACGAUCAUCAGAGUGUGCGCAGCGAGGGUCGUGGUAAUUUGCGCUUGUACAGCAUCGACGAUCGCCGAAAGCACUCGCAGGAGCGAUAUGAGCGCAAUCUGGGCGGCAGCAGCAACUACAACAAUAUCGUGAACUCCAAUUGGGAUCAGCGCGAUGAUCGCAGCGAGCGCUCCUACAUUAGCAACUAUGAGCGUGGCAACAGCUACAAGCGCGGCGGACGCCAUAACAAUCACAAUCGCAACACUUACGACAAACCGCCGCGCUUCCAAAAGCAGCAUCAGCAGAUGCAGCAACAACAUCAUGAUCAACACCAGCAGCAUCACCAGCAGCACAGGGAUCAACAGAAGAUACACAGCGAAACUUGGCGUCGCUCGAAUACGGCCAUCAAUAAUGCAUAUCAAGAUGAGAACUGUGCCUACAACUCGAACGGUCCCGAGUCCAACAGUCGCAGCUCGUCGCGUGCACGCACUCUGCCGCGUCCGGCCAAAUCGCAAAUGGAUGACGGCACCAGGAAGAGCAACUCCAAUGCGUAUCGCUAUAGUCAGAGCCCAACCCGUCCUGGUGGUAGUGGCAGUGGCGGCGUCGGCAUUGUCGGUGGACCGCGGAACUUUCAACGUUACAGCAGUCAGAGCAGCCUGGCUAGCGAAGCGUCCAGCACAUUUGAUCGCCGCCAGCGAGCUCCAGAUCAGCGUGCCCAUUCGCAUCAGCAUCAGCCGCAACGUCAUCGUAACUUUACGCGUCGCUCACAGCCAAACAUCCAUCAGCCGCAGGAGCAACAGCAGGGGCCGAGUUCACAGGAGCAACAGCAGCAUCCACAUCCGAAUGCCGAUAAUACCUGGCACGAGGCGGUUGACAAGGAUGAGAGCGAGCUGGUGCGCAAUGCUCAACAGACAACAAAAUACAUGAACUACCUGUCCGCGCAGAAAUGAGAUAGACAAGUCCGCUGCAAGAGAGCUAAGCGGAAGUCGUGAAUAGAAAUGUAUGGAGUAAUUACAAUAUAAGCACGAGUACGAUUUUCAUAAAGUAAUUGUCAUAAAAUUGAAUUUGAAUUGAAAGUCUGCAACGAGAUUUUGUUUUCAAGCUGCAACCGCUAACCACUCCCAAACCGACCAUGGAAUCAAUUUGCUCUUCAAUUUUGUUUUUCAUAUACUGUAUUUAUAAUUAUUUUGAUUUGUUGUAACCACUUUUGAAUUGUUAGAUUAUAAUUGUGGCGUUCAUUUAA